AUGGCUGGUAGUGUGACACUGGAGAUUCCGUGGUCAAAAAUACAACCAAAUGCACAAGUUAUUAUUAAUCAUCAUGCAGCAAGAUAUGUUGGACAAGUUCUUUUGGAAUUUAAGAACGAACAACUGGGAUCAAUUGGGUUGCUCUUUGGUGUUACUGGUGCUAUAGCAAGUUGGCAUACUCCUACAUACAGUUGUGAAGAAUCAUUAGGUUAUUGUUGUCUAGUGAUGUUUCAACACUGUGCUGUUACCAAGUGUAAACGAGAAUCGAUUGCCGUAUGUCAUUGUUGUAAGGAAAAUCUAUGUUUAAGUCAUUUGGAAGAGCAUCAUGAUUCACCCAUCUCUCAACUUAAUCUGCUAGUUGAUGAGAUCGAUGCACUUGAAGCUCGAUUGGAAACAACCGACACUCAUCAAACGAUAGAACAAUGUCGUCAAAAACUUGAUAAAUGGCGUGUCGACUAUCAUAAAAUGAUCGAUCAUUUAUACGAUGAAAAAUGUCAAGAACUCGAUCAAUAUAUGACCAAGAAAAUAACAAAACAACGAGAUAAUAUUACUCUACUAAAAUCUGAAGUGAGUGAACGUAUUCGAGAACAACAAGCAACACACGAAGAUAUUAAACCAUUGAUAGAAAUUAUGCAUGAUCUCAAAACACAGAUGAAUGACAUUGAAAAUACAUGCUUACAAAUUGACAUUAAUUCUUUACCGAUCGAUAACAAUCUUAUUCGUAUCAAAGAAUGGAACAGAGAUCAAUUCGAUCUAACUACGCUUCCUCUUGCAUUUAAAAGUAUUAGUACUUUCGCAAAACAAGAUGGUGUAAAACUAGCCAGUAAUGAUAGAUUCAUGUUGAUAGGCGAAGAAAAAAUGUUGUACUUAGUGGAUAAAACAUUGAAAAUAGUUAAACAGAAAAAAUGUAAUGCAACAAUCAUCACAGAUAUGUGUUGGUCAUCGGCAUUAGAUCGUUUCAUUGUGAUAAUGAAUUGUCGUCUGUUUCUCGUUGAUGAAAGAACCAUGUCGAUUGAAUAUAUGCAUACAAAUAUAGCUCAACAGUGUAUAAAAUGCGCCUGUUUGGAUACAAAAUUAUUUUUAUUGGAAGGCCAAUGGAGAAGCAGUGACUAUGUUGGAUGUAAAAAAGGUCCGUCGAUUAUAGAAUUCAAUCUUUUACCAUUAAGACAACUUAUCAAAGAAUGGAAAUCACCGAUUACAUGCUCUGCAGAAGAAUGGAUCUAUGACAUUCAGGAGAGUAACGGUAAACUAGCUCUACUAAUUAGCGAGUCAAUGGAUUGCGUUCAGAAAAAACUUGUAACUCGUCUCGAAUUAAGAUCACCAAAUACAUUCGAUUGUCUUUGGUCUUAUCGAUUAGAUAUGGGACUUCCUAUGAGCUGUGAUCUUGGAAAAACUUGUGUCUUUGUUAAUCAUAAUGAAGUCCUUAUUAUAAUGAAUAAAAACAAUUUAGCAUUGAUUUCAACAGAUGGAUCGGUAAAGGAAACAUAUAUUUAUUAUCCACAGCCUGUAAAUAUCCAUCUAUUUGGUUCAAAUAUAUUAGCAAUUACAACUGCAACUGAAGUGAAUUUUCACGAACUAUAA